AUGUAAAGUUGCGGCGCUGCAGUCGACGUCCAGUGUCUUGUCAGUCACAGACACACCAUCAUUGUAAGUCUUCAUCACCAGAGUCAACGAGCAUCAUGAGGUACAGGGUGGUCACUGCUUACCUCAUGUACCUGCUGUUGGUGCCAGGCCUGGCUCUAAAGUUAAGAGCUCGUGUGGUUAAUGGCACAGCAGGACAUCCGGAAAUCUUUUACAAUGGAACUUGGAACACAGUGUGUGAUGACGAUUUUGGAAAGAAAGAUGCUUCUGUAGCCUGCGGAAUGUUAGGAUUCAACAGCACAACAGCAGUAGCCGUGUGGUCAGCCAAGUACGGAGCAGGCUCUGGUCCUGUUCUGUUCAUUAACCUGCGGUGUGUGGGGAACGAAACCAGCCUGGCGCAGUGUAGACACUGGGGGUUCUACAGACACUACUGUGGUAACUGGCAGGAUGUCGGCGUCGUGUGCACCAUCAGUGCGUAG